AUGACGACGACGGCGCCGCCACCAACUCCGCCGUCACUCGAACUAAAAACCUACUGGUGCCACGAAUGCGACAUGAGCGUCUCUCUCACUUCCUCCCACUCUCCCUCUCCCUCUCCUCCCCUUUGUCCUCAAUGUCACACUCAUUUCCUCGAACUCAUGGACUCCCCUUUCUCCCAAAACGACGCCGAUUCGUUUCUCCAUUCUUCCUCCUCCCUCUUCGACGUCGUUUUCCAAGACGCGCUUUUACUACUCGCACCCUCUCCCCGUAAAACGCACACCACCGAAACGAUCCUUCCUAUAAUAACCGUUACAGAAACUCUUCUUUCGCUACUCGAUCCAAACGGCGUCGUUUUAUGCGCGGUUUGUAAGGACGCUAUUUCCGUUGACGAAGAAGCGAAACAGCUUCCUUGUGAUCAUCUUUAUCACUCCGAUUGUAUUACUCCCUGGCUUCGUCUUCGAUCUUCUUGUCCUCUCUGUCGAUUCCGAAUCUCAGAGGAUGAAAAUGAAGAUGAAAAUGACGAAGAUGAUGAAGAGGAUUUGAAUGGUGCUGAUGUGAUGAGGGAGAUGAUGGCGCGGAUGGCAGAGUUGUCGGAAGAUGAUUUCUAUGGUCUGAGAAUGACUCUCAAUUACAUUGCUUCCCGGCAUGAACUUCUUCAUUCUAAUGCUUCAGGCGGCGGUGAUCAUCAUGAUGCUAGUAGUGAAGUUGGUGGAGAUGUAGAUGGAGAAUCAUGA